AGACGUUUCCUCCUUUUGAUCAAACGAGGGUGAGGGGUUGUUUUAAGGGAAAGUCCGGUUCGGUCUCUGCUGGACGUCACCUCCUUCCUCUUCACUUUUUCUCAAACACGAAGGACUCCCUCUUCUUUUCGGAGCACUUCAGCCGGUCGACGCGGGUAGAAGUCCAUAUCUCUGUAGCAGCCUUCAAUCAGCUCCUUUCUUCAAUCCUCCUCAUCAUGCCUAAUAUCCAUCGAUCCCCGAAGUCCUCUCAUCCGUUACCUCGUGCUCUGCCUUCACUGACUCCUCCCAUCACUGUCUUCUCCACCACCUACUCUCACACCAACACCACCGUCAACCCAGCAGCUGGUUUCAUCAACGGCCUGUUGGACAGCAUCCCCUUGCCUCGAUGGGCGAUAUUCAUCAUCUUCGUGGUCGGCGUUCUGGUAAUUCUGCUCUGCUGUGUGUGCAUAUGCAUCAAGUGCUGCCGCAGAUCGAAGAAGAAGCAGAAGAAGAAGAAGAAGGAUGAGAAGAUCAAUCUGAAUGGAAAAACCACCACGUCUCUGGUUCAGCCGGAUGUGAAUGAUGUGGACUACGGUACGGCCGGACAGCUGAGAGGAAAGCUGCUCUACUCGCUGGACUACAAAGUCGCUCAGUCUGAGCUCAUCGUGGGGAUCAAACAAGCCAACAGCCUGAAGGCCAUGGACCUGGGGGGAAGCUCAGACCCGUACGUUAAAGUCUACGUCUGCCCCGACAAAGCAAAAACCUGCGAGACCAAAGUGUUCAGGAACACGCUGAGCCCCGUCUUCAAUGAACAAUUCAACUUCCAGAUAUCCAAGUCUUCCCUCCUGAAGUCGACGGUGGUGAUGCAGGUGUUUGACUUCAACAGAUUCUCCAAACACAACAUCAUCGGCGAGCUCCGGGUGCAGCUCUGCAACGUCGACUGGAACCACGUCAUCGAGGAGUGGGAGGACCUCGGAGAGCCCGCCAAGUUUGAGGAUGAAAACCUGGGCGAGAUCUGCUUCUCUCUGCGUUACGUUCCCACCGCCGGCAAACUGACUGUGGUGAUCCUGGAGGCCAAAAACCUGAAGAGCAUGGACAUCAGUGGGAGUUCAGAUCCUUAUGUGAAGGUGCAGCUGGCUCUGGAUCGGAGGAAGUGGAAGAAAAGGAAGACGACAGUGAAGAGGAAGACGCUGAGCCCUUAUUACAACGAGUCGUUCACCUUUGACGUGACGUUUGAACAAAUCCAGAAGGUGCAUCUGGUGAUCUCAUUGUGGGACCACGACGCCAUGACCCGAAACGACACCAUGGGGAAGAUCUUCCUGGGCUGCGACGCCACGGGGAACCAGCUGAGGCACUGGGCCGACAUGUUGUCCAACCCGCGGCGGCCGGUCGCUCAGUGGCACAACCUGCUGUCGGCAGAGCAGGUCAACUCCACCCUGACUCUGAAAAAGAAGAUUCCCCUGUCCAGCAGACUUCCCUUUUGAAGACACACACACACACACACACACACACACACACACACACACACACACACACACACGCACACACUUGUAUCCUUACAAACAUGAAAACAUCCACAACACAUUAUUGUAAGCAUAGCUAAAUAGUUUUUUUUAAUGUAAUUUCUCAGAUCCUUGAAUCUAUCUGAUUAUUUUGUAUUUUAAACGUCACACCAUUAAUCGUAAAUGAUGCGUCACAUUUCAUUUGUGACCUGGAGCUCGUCCUUCUUUUUGUCUGAAUUGUAUUAUUUAGGUGUGUUCAGACCAAAAGCAAAAACAAAUAUUCAUGUUGUGUUACUUAGGGUGAGUUACGCUUUGGGUGCCGAAUUAUUAAAGGAAGAAUGAGCGUCUUUUUGAUCCAGUAGAUGUCGCCCUUGAGCACCAGCAUGAGACCAAAACAAAUUUCUGUUUGGCCACACCUCCUCCAUACUGAAGCCUCCACUCUCCUCAAGAGACACACCUCCAUCCCCCCUCCACUCGCCCUUGCACGAGAAGUUUAGCGCGGGCGGCGGACAAAAUUGUCCUUUGCUCGAGCUGCAAUCACCUGUGUCCUUCAUUGUUGUGUUAGCAUGCUAAUGUUAGCGCUCUUUAGUUAGCUCGUACCUUCACAUUGUAUGUAAAUUGACACAGAAUAACCAUGAUCUAAAAACUCUUACUAACAUUCAAAUAAUCAGUGAGUAUGUUCUUCUUCUUCUCUCUAGUCCUUCACUAAAACAGCUUUUAUACACAAGGGGAGGAGCCGGCCGUCCUGUCCAUGUAAACACGACUCUGACAACAACACAGCCAGCGGGACUCGAGCUUCUCACUCAUUGUAGACAGUCAUUACCCUGGAUUUCUGAUAUAUUUGUGUAAAAUGAAGCAAAUUCUGCCUUUAAAAUGAUCUACACUUUGUAUGUUUGUGUCACAUCGCUUGCUCGGCCCGUCUAAAAUAUUUGCUCCCCGCUGCAAAACUGUCGUUGCAUGACUGUCUAUGUAAUUUUGUCGCCUGAAAACUUUAAUCUGCUUUUGAUCUGAAAAACAUGCACCUUCACUUCAUCCUUUAAGUUUAUAAAAAAUGUUAUGAAUUCUGUCUGUAAUAUAAAAACACAUUAAAUCUAUUUUAUGUUAUGUUAGCAAAGUAA